AUGUGUGGUCUGUCGGUCGAUGGGUCGGUUGGUCGGUCGAUGGGUCAGCCAGUCAGGCGGCAGCGGCAGCGGCGAGCCCAGGCGCCCGCUGAUUGGUGCAGCCGAUGUGGUGGCGUCUGUCUCGGUCUGGCGCCUUGCGCCUCGCUCGCCUGCACGCGGCGAGCCGAGGCCGCAGGGCCCACGUGUUGCACACGUGGCCGCCACCAGACAGACAGACAGGCAGAGGUGCCGGCCCCAAGAGGCACAGACACAGACAGAGGCGUGCGCCUGUCUGCUUUCGUCGGGCCUGCAUGUACUGCCUGUGCUGCCCAUCCGCUUCGGCGCGGACCUUCCCGGGCUUGUCGACGAACGAGCCUCUCCCACUUCACAUACUCUCGCUCAAAUGGGCCUCAUUCAGAGCGAAGAAUGACUGGAAAUUGGCCAGAACUUGACGGGAAAUUCAACAAUCUGACCGCAACUUGGCGGCCACUUGAGCAGAACAAUUCAGCCCAAACUAGGCGCUGCGUUGACCGCAAAUUGGCCCGGAUUUGA